GCAGCUUAGAUCCUGCCUGCAAACUUUCCAUCUAUGGUUCUGGAAAAGCCCAACUUAACCCCAAAUGGGUGCUCACACCGCUGCGGUGACCGCAGCAAACACACUCACAAGUCCGGUGUCAAACCCCAAGAAGAAUAUUUUCACUGUUGCCCAACUUCGACUGGUUCGCUCUCCUCACGACUGAUCUAUUUCCACAUUACAAAACCCUAGCGCCCAUUGCGAAAGGUAAGUGCUUUCUUCCUCCCAAUGGCCGGCAACGACUCCUCCGACGAGGACUCAGAGUUCAGCGAAUCCGAGCUCGAUGACUACGCUGAUAAAGCUUAUUUGGGUUUCAAGGAUGGAAAUCACCGAAUUCUAAACCCUGACGGCACCUUGCGUUGUCCGUUCUGUUCAGGGAAAAAGAAGCAGGACUAUCAAUUCAAGGACCUGCUUCAGCAUGCAAUUGGAAGAGGCUCUUCGACCUCGAGAAAGGCUAAGGAGAAGGCCAACCACCUCGGCUUUGCUCGAUUCCUCCAAAACGACCUCGCCCUUGCUGCUGGGCUGGUAGUUACUCCUCCUCCACCGCCGACCGCUGAGACGCCAUCAUCCAACAGUAGUUCGAGCACUGAUGAGCUCUUCGUGUGGCCUUGGGUGGGAAUGCUUGUCAAUUUGCCCAUGGAAGAUGAAGGCGUUCUUAUAAAAGAGCAAUUUUCAGAGUUUAAUCCAGUGAAUGUCAUCUCUUCACAUGAGAGAGACCUUGAAUCUGGUAAAUUUGAGGCUGUGAUUUGGUUUAAUAAGGAUUGGAAAGGGUUCAAGGAUGCAAUGGCAUUUGAAAAUCAUUUUAAAGGAAAGCGGUUGGGAAAAAAGGAUUGGAAUGAGAAGAAAGGUGUGAACUUGACUGGGAUUCAUGGGUGGAUUGCUCGUGAUGAUGAUUAUUAUUCUGAUAGGCUGGUUGCAAAGAUUCUGCGGAAGCAUGGGGAAUUGAAGACGGUGGCGGAUGUGACUGAGGAGCAGGCGAGGGAGAAUGGUAUGGUUGUGGCUGCUCUUGCGAAGAAGAUGGAGGUGAGGAAUAAAUACUUGCAGGAAUUGGAGUGCAGGUAUAAUGAGACGAGCAUAUCGCUUAAAAACAUGAUGGAUGCAAAAGCUAAAAUUUUGCAGGAGUACAAUGAAGAAAUGCAUAAUGUUCAGCGUAAAGCACGUGAGAAUGCUCGAAGGAUUUUGAUGGAGAAUGAUAAGUUGAAGCUAGAAUUGGAAUCGAAGAAGAAAGAGAUCGAACAACGAUGCAAAGAACUUAAUAAAUAUGAUGCCAAAAAUGAUGGCGAGAAAAGGAACAUUGACAUAGAGAAAGAAAAGACUGCUCUAGAGAAUACUAACCUUGAAUUGGCAACCAUUGAGAAAGAGAGAGCUGAUGAAGAGGUCAAGAAUCUUAUGGAGGAACAGAAGAGAGAAAAAGAAGUUGCUUUUGCAAGAAUACUUCAGUUAGAGAAUGAACUAAAUCAAAAACAAAAAUUGGAGCUUGAAAUUGCUCAAUUGAAAGGUAAAUUGAAAGUUAUGGCGCAUUUGCAAGGGGAAGAAGAUAUAGACACGAAAAUAAAAGAAAUUCACAACAGAUUGGAAGAAGAUAAGGAAGGUUUAGAAGAGCUGCACAACACUCUUUUAACGAAGGAGCGAGAGGCCAAUCAGGAGCUCAAUGAAGCUCGUGCAGAACUGAUAGGGGGACUUUCAAAAUUGUUGAAAGGUCCUACCUUGAUUGGAAUAAAAAGAAUGGGUGAUCUUGAUAUCAAGCCAUUUGAAAUUGCAUGCAAGAAGAAGUUUUCAGCUGAAGAUGCAGACAUAAAAGCUUCAGAGCUGUGUUCUAGCUGGGAUGAAGAAAUUCGUAAUCCAUCAUGGCAUCCUUUUAAAAUCAUCGAACACAAUGGUGUAAAUGAGGAAGUAAUUGAUGAAAACGAUCCAAAGCUGAAGAGUCUAUGGAUUGAUUUCGGUGACGAUGUGUACAAUGCUGUGAAGAAAGCUUUGCUUGAGAUUAAUGAAUAUAAUCCGAGCGGGCGAUAUCCAGUAGCUGAGCUAUGGAACUGCAAGGAGGAUCGCAAGGCGACUAUGAGGGAGGUCAUCCAUUACAUUGUCAAACAAUUUAAGGCUCGCAAAGCUCGGAGAUGAUGUGUAUAUAUAGUUUUAAGCUACUCACCACGAUCCUUCAGUAUAUCUGGAUUUUUAUUGCCCUUAUGAAGAUCGACUACUCUUAUGCUUUGUUUAUAAGUUGGAAACCGUGAGGCUUGGGUUGUUUUCCUUUGGCCCAUCUUGUCCAAUGCAAGGCUAUGCUGCAAACUUUGCUUUCUUGUGCA